CACCCAAACAAGAGACAGCUGUUGGAAGCGCGGUCCCGCAAGCUGCAUUCUGGGAAAUGUAGUCCAGGAGUUGCGAGAAAUCGGAGGCGCUUCCGCUUGGGCAUUCUGGGAAGUGUAGUCCAGGAGCGGGGUACAGUCGGGGACACUUCCGCUCCAGGAAGGCGAGGUCGGGGCCGAGAUUGUUGGCAGGGAGCUUUGCCUUCCCAGAACUCUGCCCUUCCCCAAAAGGAAAAGGAGAAAAAAAUGACCAAAUUCCAGGAGGCGGUGACGUUCAAGGACGUGGCUGUGGUCUUCACGGAGGAGGAGCUGGGGCUGCUGGACCCCACCCAGAGGAAGCUGUACCGAGAAGUGAUGCUGGAGAACUUCCGGAACCUAGUCUCUGUGGGGCAUUCAUCCUCCAAACCAGAUGUGAUAUCCCAGUUGGAGAGAGAGGAGAAGCUCUGCAUGAAGGAGAUCCACACCCAAAGGGGGAGGCACUCGGGAGGCAGGAAUCAACACGAGAAGGAGACUCUUCACGAAGCAGGAGUAAGGUGCCUUUCAUUGGGAGAGUUUUCAUGUUGGCAAAUCAAGAGACAUAUCGUGAGCAAAUUCACCAAAGAUCAAGACUCCAAGAUAAAUAUUCAAGGAAAGAGUUCUGAGUUCCCCGAACAGUGUGAUUCCCCCUGUCAAGUGGGAGCAGGAAUAUGUAUUCAGGCUUCCGUGGAAGACAGCUGUAUAAUGAACCUUAUAGAGGAUCAUUCCAGUAUUCUUGAAAAUCAAGAAUUGCUGGCUGGGAGAGUUCAGAAUUCUUGGAGUAAAAUAUAUCUCGGCGAAACACAGAAUCACCAGAGAAGUUGUAAGCAGACUCAGAUGAAAAACCAAUUAUGUAUAUUUGCGCCAUACGUUAACAUCUUUAGUUGUAUCUCACACCACCAUGAUGGCGAUAAACCUCACAACGAAGACUGCGGUAAAGACAUCUUAAAGGUGUCCCCUCUGGUCCAGCAGACCUACCACUGUCGUCAGUGUGAGAAAGCAUUCAGCGAUGGCCCCAGUCUUGAACUUCAUCAGCAGGUACACUCGAGAAAGAAGUCCUCGGAGCACGGCGCACACGGGAAGGCCGCCCGCUAUAGCUCAGCUGUGCCCGUUCCACAAAGUGUUUACACAGGAAAAAAACGCUAUUGGUGUCACGAGUGUGGGAAGGGUUUCAGCCAGAGCUCAAACCUGCAGACUCAUCAGAGAGUGCACACAGGGGAGAAGCCCUAUUCGUGCCUUGAGUGUGGGAAGAGCUUUAACCAGACCUCCCAUCUUUACGCCCAUUUGCCUAUUCACACAGGAGAGAAGCCCUACAGAUGUGAAAGUUGUGGGAAGGGCUUCAGUCGUAGCACAGAUCUUAACAUUCACUGCAGAGUCCACACCGGAGAGAAACCUUACAAAUGUGAGGUGUGCGGGAAGGGCUUCACCCAGAGAUCACAUCUGCAGGCCCACGAGAGAAUCCACACCGGAGAGAAACCCUAUAAGUGUGGAGACUGUGGUAAACGCUUUAGUUGCAGCUCAAAUCUCCAUACCCACCAGAGGGUCCACACGGAAGAGAAACCGUAUAAGUGUGAUGAGUGUGGAAAGUGCUUCAGCUUGAGCUUUAACCUUCACAGCCAUCAACGGGUCCACACGGGAGAGAAACCAUAUAAAUGCGAAGAGUGUGGGAAGGGUUUUAGUUCAGCCUCGAGUUUCCAGAGCCAUCAAAGGGUUCACACGGGGGAGAAACCGUUUCGCUGCAACGUGUGUGGUAAAGGCUUCAGUCAGAGUUCCUAUUUUCAAGCCCAUCAGAGAGUCCACACUGGAGAGAAACCAUACAAAUGUGAGGAGUGUGGGAAGCGCUUCAAUUGGAGCUUGAAUCUUCACAAUCAUCAGAGGGUCCACACGGGAGAGAAACCUUAUAAAUGUGAAGAGUGUGGAAAGGGCUUCAGUCAGGCCUCCAAUCUUCAAGCUCAUCAGAGUGUCCACACUGGGGAGAAACCAUUCAAGUGUGAUGCGUGCCAGAAGCGAUUCAGUCAGGCCUCCCAUCUCCAAGCCCAUCAGAGAGUCCACACGGGAGAGAAGCCAUAUAAAUGCGAUACGUGUGGCAAGGCCUUCAGCCAGAGGUCAAAUCUUCAAGUCCAUCAGAUCAUUCACACUGGAGAGAAACCGUUUAAAUGUGAGGAGUGUGGGAAAGAAUUUAGUUGGAGUGCUGGGCUCAGUGCUCAUCAGAGGGUGCACACAGGAGAGAAACCUUACACAUGUCAGCAGUGUGGCAAAGGCUUCAGUCAGGCCUCCCAUUUUCACACACAUCAGAGGGUCCACACUGGAGAAAGGCCAUACAUAUGUGAUGUCUGUUGUAAAGGCUUCAGCCAGAGAUCACAUCUUGUGUACCAUCAGAGAGUCCACACUGGAGGAAAUCUGUAGAAAUGUGAGGUGUGGGGGGUGGCCUUCGGUCAGAGUUCACAUCUUCAUCUCCAUUGGAAAAUCGACGCUAGUAAUUGUCGAAAGGUUCCUUCAGAACUCAGAAGCCUCAAGGAAUCUUCACACGCAAGCAGCUCUGUGAAGUGCUCUCUUUUAAGGACAGCUGGGUGCUGAAUUCUUUGCGAAUCGGAUUUCGCAGACGAGAGAAAACCUUUUCCAUAAAUACGGCCAGUGUUUGUGCCAGCAUUCUGAAUGUCCCAAUUUUUCGAGACGCAACAUAAAAGAACUUCAAAAUUCACCCCAGUCUACCCAGGAAAAAGGCCUUAUAAAUGAAGAUUGGGGGCAGGACUUUAACAAAAGUAUAGUGAUGGACAAGUAAAACGAAUGUCAGUGGCAGUGUAACCUCCAUGUAGGGAGGGAUGUUUUUCACUACUUUAUCUCUACUGUGUAGAAAAGUGCGCUUGGCUCAUAAGAGAUGCCCAGCAAUUACCGGACAAAGUGGAGAAAAUCUAUCAUUAGGACAGAUACAGUAAAACCUUGGUUUUAUGUGUGCCAUACGUGAGCAUAAUUCAUUCCAGAAACAUGCUUAAUCCAAAGCAGUUGAAUACCUAAGCCAAUUUCGUCAUAAGAAAUAACUCGGAUGAUUUGUUUCACAACCCAAAAAUAUUCGGAUGAAAAGGAUUACAAUACUGUAAUAUAAUACAAAAUCAUAAAAUAUAAGGAAAAAUAAAUUAACCUGCACUUACCUUUGAAAACCUUAGUGGCUGGUGUGAGGGAGACAAGAGAAAGGAGGGUUCCUGUGUAGGAUGACGGUCACUGUCACUAACGGAAUCACUGCCAUCUAUUGGUUCAAUGGACUCUUCUUCUGCACAGGGCCCUUGUGUGUGGUCGCAGGGAUGUUGGCUACAGCACAGUAUCAAUAAACUCUUGUCAUAUACUGUAUUUAAUGUAACUGGCAAGAAGGCAGCAGAGGAAAGGGUCUCAAUCUGUAGGCAGCGUGACCUAGAAUGAAGCAAAGCCUUCUUAAGCUUACCCUUGUAUGGAAAAGCCAAGGACUGUCCAUAGGUGCUUUGAAGUGAUAAAAAUACACUGGUGCCUGUUGUGGGUACGUUCCAACGUUCUGAAAAAUCACUGAUUUCCGCCGAACACCACAGCCUGAGACUGAGCAUCUGAGCAUGGGAAUCCUUCGGUGAGAGAGAGAGAACCAUUGGCUCACUUGUGAUCACGUGACAUUGGGCAUCACAUACGACUCGUAUUGCAAGACAUCCCUCGUCUAUCAAGUUAAAACACAUUAGAAAUGUUUGCCUGUCUUGUGGAACAUUCGCAGAACAAGAUACUCGCAGUCCAAGGUUUUACUGUAUUUGAAAAUUCUACUCCCCUACCCUGAAUUCAUAAUAACAUACUUCAAAGGAAUCCUGCAAGUAGCCUUAAUGAGAUUAAUUUCAGGAGAUAAUCAAGUACGGAAAAUUACAUAAUACUGCCAUCCAUAAUAAUGCAAAUUGGGAUGGCACUGGUGAAUGGCCCCCAUCCCCAAUCUGGCCCUGGUUCUUUGUAGUGUGUCAGCCCUGUUGUACAGUGUAAUAUUUAAUGUUAUUAAUUUGUAUUUUAUAGACUGAAAAGUACUGUUUUUAAGCAAUCUAAUAACAUGAUACAAUUUAUAUGCUUGGGAAUUUUGGACCCUAAUCCAUUAAGGUAGAUUUCACUGUUAACUCUUUAAAAGUGUUGAGUAGUUACUAAUGACAAAAAGUUUUUUAGUAAACUUGAAUUGUUAAUAA